ACACACACACACACACACACACACACACACACACACACACACACACACACACACACACCGACCCACGCAAACACACACUCACACCCACACACAAACACAUACAGAGGCAGUCUCCCGGUCUGUAGUAUUGGAUCUGAAUGUAGUGCGUUCAGUGUUAUUGUAGGCUAGCCUGUGGUUCAGGCCACUCUGCUUGGGAUCCCCAGAGAGCCGCGUUCGGCCACUUGUUGGAGUCAAAGUUCAGCCCUAAGAGCGGGAUCUGUACUCUGUGGAGGAGCCGGCGAUCACACCACUCUGCUACCACUCGGGGGGGAUAAGGUGAUUUUGUGUUCUUGUCUGUCGGUCUCUCUGUCGGUCUGCCACCGCAACACAGUAGACAGGAUGACAUGGCGACCUCAGUACCGCUGCUCCAAGUUCCGCCACGUGUUCGGCAAGCCGGCCUCCAAGGAAGCCUGCUACGAUGGCGUGCCCAUCACCCGCAGCGUCCAUGACAACCACCUCUGCGCCGUCAACCCCCGCUUCCUCGCCGUCAUCACCGAGAGCGCCGGCGGGGGGUCCUUCGUGGUGCUGACCCUCCACCAUACAGGGAAGGUGGACCCCCACCACCCCAAGGUCACAGGCCACCGCAGCAACGUGUUGGACCUCAAGUGGAACCCCUUCAACGACUACUGCAUAGCCUCCUGCUCUGAGGACACCACGGUGAAGGUGUGGGAGGUCCCCCCUCAGGGCCUGCUGAGGAACCUGACGGCGCCGUGGAAGGAGCUGCAGGGACACAGCCGCCGGGUGGGCCUGCUGGAGUGGCACCCCACCGCCAGCAACAUCUUGUUCAGCACCGCGUACGACUACCAGGUGAUGAUCUGGAACCUGGACUGCCCGGAGCAGGUGAUAAAGAACCCCCUGAGGACCAUCAGCCACCACCCUGACGUGGUCCUCUCCCUGGCCUUCAGCACUGACGGUAGCCUCAUGGCCACCACCUGCAAAGACCGCAAGGUCCGGCUCAUAGAACCUCAGACUGGGAGCCUUCUGCAGGAGUCCAAGACCAAGGUCCACAGAGCUGCCAAGGUGCUGAUCCUGGGCAACCUGAAGAUGAUCCUGACCACAGGAACCUCGAUCUGGAACGUCCGACAGAUAGCUCUGUGGAAGCAGGACGACCUCUCUGUGCCUCUGCUACAAGAGGACCUGGACGGCGGGUCGGGGAUCCUGUUCCCCUUCUACGACCCCGACACGCACAUGCUGUACGUCGUGGGCAAGGGCGACGCAAGCUUCCGGUACUAUGAGAUCAGCGCGGAGAAGCCCUACCUGAACUAUCUCACGGACUACCGCUCGCUACUGCCUCAGAAAGGAAUGGGCGUGAUGCCCAAGAGGGGGCUGGACGUCACCUCGUGCGAGGUCUUCCGCUUCUACAAGCUGGUGACCACCAAGAGCCUCAUCGAACCAGUCUCCAUGAUUGUACCCCGCAGGUCGGAGUCCUACCAAGAAGACAUAUAUCCCAUGACCCCCGGUAACAUUCCAGCCAUGACCUCACAGGAGUGGAUCGACGGUGUCAAAAGAGACCCAGUGCUGGUAAACCUGAAGCCUGGGAGUCAAGUAGCAGACUCCUACCUGAGCCUAGUCAAGGGCGUGGACACCCGCAGGUCCCAGAGCAGGCCGGGCCUCCUGCAGCUCUCCUACAUCCAGGGGCAGCUGGACAGCACCAAGGGCUCCAAAGAGGCCGGCGGCAAUGAUAAGGGACACGAGGACGGCAGUCCAUUGAGCAACGGACAGGACCUGGCCCUUUGUUCGCCCCCAAAGACAGAGAACGAGCUGCGGCUGAAGUUCCACAAGCAACAGGAGGAGAUCCGCCGGCUGCGGGAGCUUCUGAACCAGAGAGACGUCCGCAUCAUGCAGCUGGAGCUUGAGAUCAACAACGUCAAGAACCUGCACUCCUAAAGCCCAUGAGAGCCAACAGGGGCCCGCUCAGACGCAGACUAUUCUUCACGUUGGACUGAUUCAUCGUAACUUGUGGGCCGGCUCUUUCCUGCCUCCACUGACUACCCUCUCCUGGCCCUCUGAGAUGAGGGAGCCUAAUCCAAAGCCAAAAUCCAACCAAAAGCAAUCAAUAUACCACACCCUGAUCGAUUCUGUGUGUGUGUGUUUAAGUGUGUGCGUGCGUGCAAGCGUUUACAGGGAUAUUAUUUUUUUCAAACAAAUGUUAUCAAAUAUUAGCUUUAGACAAUGCUGCACAAAAGGCACAACUAGGUUUGCUAUGUACGUACGCUCCUACCGUAUGUCUCCCCCACCCCGUCCCGGACAACACCCACCUACUGGCCCCUCACACACACACACACACGUUGUUAACAUUGACUCACUAUGCAAACUUUCAGGAACUUUUAGUUUUUUAAAAUACCUUUCAAUAAGAAAUCGACCAAGGUUGGACGUAUGUGCCUCUUAGAUAAACGGUUUGAUUGUGCAUAUGUUAUAUGCGGAAGACGCACCGGUAUGGCAGGAGACAUCAGUUUUGAAUGUAAGGUAACACUGAACAUAUUUUUAUGCUCUGUACUAUUUCAACUACUGUGUGUGAAUGCAGGUGUGGUAGUUGAGGUCUGAUGUCAUUAAUGAAAGACGUUUUCUGUGUGCGAGAGGAGAGUGAGUCCAGAGGGGAACCAGGGAAUUAUUGUUCCAAAGCUUCACAAGCGCUGCAUAAAGAAGAGUAUGUAUUUAAAUGACUGUACAAAAAUCAACGACUAGUGGAAUAUAUUGGAACAUUUGAUAUGCUUUGAUUUUACAGCAACCAUCCUGAAAGCCUAAUGACAUCAAGGCAUGUUGAAAUGUUAUUUUUUAUUGCUUUAUUUAUUAUGUUUUGUUAUUUUUGACAAAAACAAAGGGAAAUCCAAACUCCAAUAACCAAGCCAAAUGUGUAAAAUAAAUUAAAAAAAACAGCAUGCAAUAUUAUGUAAACAUAUCUUAUAUCAGUUUGUGAUGUUGUACAGCCACUGUGAAGACAUUUUAAAGCCAUUGUCCUUAUGAAUGACAGGGAAGUACAUUUGUUCACAUACAAGUGUGUUAAUGUCAAGGAUUUAUUUAACAACUUUAUAUGGUUGCUCUGGAAUGCAGGAAUAAUUAUAUUUUCCUUUCAAUAUUUUUUUCUAUUGGUGUGUAUUUGGACAAAUGUCUUACAUCUGGUGUUUUAAAUUGGGGCAAAUGGUUUUUAAUAACCUUUUUAUAAAACAAAGUUUAAUAUAUAGCGAUGCUUUCCAUUAUCUUGCUUAAAUGUAUUACAAUUUUUCAUUUUGGCUAUUAUCCUUUCGUCCAAAUUGCUUUUUAAUUGUUUAUGAAAAUGUUUCCUGCACUAAACUACAGCCCAUGUGCUCCAACUUCCGGCGUCAUCACGCACUACAACCCAGGUACGUUUGUUACAGUAGCUAGCUAGCUAUCUGUGUAUUGGUUCUGGCCCCUGGGGAGGAUUAAGAUGCAUUAAAAUAACUCUGGUACUCACUGAUAAUUGCUUGCUAAUUGUCUUGGCCCACCCAAAACCAGUGAAUCGUCCCUGCUUCAUCAAAGGUUGCUCUGCGGUGUAUUUUUACUUUUUAUUAAUUGAUGAAAUGGUUGAAGAACAGAUUGUAGAAUUGGCCAUGCCUGAAAACCGUAUAUAUGGUACACCCGUCAUCACACUGGCUUAUCUAAUAAUGAAUUUGCUUACUUAUAUUUGUAAGACACCAUGUCUCUUUAUUAACCUUUAGUAAAACAAACACUGUCGCAGCACCUUAUUUACAUUUACAAUUAGGGCACCUCCAUAAACAAACACGCCUGGGACAAAUCGUUGUUUCUCUAAUCUCUGACCUCCGUCAGGAUGCUUCUGGUAUAGCCACUAUUCCGGACUGGAUUUCUGACCACUGCCGCUCACAUUCCAGGCUGUUGGUAACUGCCUAUCAAACUAUUGGCUUUUGUUGAUGGUUGAUUUUUUUUUUUUUUUCAUAUUUGCUUAUUGCCAUUAUUAAACAACCAAGACGAAAUGAA